AUGUUCUCUGACAUCAAGGACUUUACCACGAUGGCGGAAGCAAUAAGUCAGAAAGAUUUGAUUUUCGUCCUGACGCGGUACCUGUCCAUCAUGACGCGCAUCGUUGAAACCUUUGGAGGCGUUGUGGCGGAAAUCCUGGGCGACGGGCUCUUGGUCUACUGGAACACGCCCCACUAUACCGAGGACCAUCCUAUCAGGGCGUGUGCUGCUGCGCUGGCCAUGCAACAGGCUCUUGCACCUUUGAACUUCGAACUUUCAGAAUGCGGAUUGUCGGCCUUCCCCCUGUCUGUGCGCAUUGGCAUCAAUUCAGGGGAAGUGCUCUCCGGCACCUUUGGAUCUGAUCGGAAGAUGAAGUUCGGUUGCAUGGGCGACCCUGUCAAUCUGGCGAGUCGACUGGAAAAUGUGUGCAAGGCGUAUGGCGUGGGCAUCAUUAUCUCUGGCAUCACCUAUGACGCGAUCGCGGAUUUCAGUUUCAUUACCAGAAAGCUGGACAUGGUUCAGGUCAAAGGCCGGAAGGAACCGACCGUGGUCUAUGAGUUGAUGGGUUCCUUGGAGCCAGGCUUUGAAAACCUGGAUAAUUUGCCCACUUCGCAUGAGCCGCCGCCUGUAGCGCAAGAUACAGAUUUGGACGGCUCGUAUGAAACCGAAGAUGACAUGAUCAAGACCUUCAGCAGGAGCAGCAAAGACACCAAAGGGACGAGGACUACGAGGAAGAGCAAUGCCUCACGUGUCUCAGAGUGCUUCCUUCAGAAGACUCCCUCCCAGGCAGCACUCGAGGCAUUGGAAGAGUCCAGGCAGAGCCUCAGCAAACUGACGAGUUUCAACUGGACGGAGGUCUACAAGCAGAAGAUGGAGGCACACAAAGCAACGCGAAGAAGUCGACAACCCGGUGGUAUCAGCAAUCCUUGCUCGCCGAUGCCACGGAGCAUCACCUCGCGAUCGGUCAUCAAAAACUUCACCUCUUUGGAUCCUCCUGACAAUGACAAGCUCCUCGAGCUCUCAAGGCGCUACGAGGAGUGUUUGGAACUCUGUCAGGCCGGCCUGUUGCAAGAGGCCGCUGAGCUCAUCGAGAUGCUGCUGGUGGACUUCCCACAAGAUAAACCGACGAUCAUGCUGCAAGAGAAGUUCCUAUGUGAUCAGGCCCAAUUUGGGGGCCCAUUAAUAUGA